GUUAACACUACUACUACUACCAGACUAGCGCAUAGCAAGCGUCACGGCGAGACGACGGGCCCAGAUAGCUUGGUGCCUCUAAUACCAACUUUCCUCGCCGUGCAUACUUUCUUCCCACCUUUCCUCAUCAUCAUCAUCAUCCGCUCCGACCUCUCUCACUACCAUCCCCUUUACCGCCCAGCAUCCUUCCCGCUUCCAGACUGCUUGCACCUACCUUGCAUGUUCUCAAACAACCUGCAUGCAUGUUCCCUCGGGCGCGUGCAUGCAGACCAGCCAGCCACUGACGUGUUUCCCGCAUGGCAGGCGUGUGUAGGUCGAAGGGAGUCAUUCGUGGUGGUGUUCGUUUGCAAACCAAACACCCAUCUCUCCUUUGUCUGUACGUACUCUCUCUCUCCUCUUCCAUCAUGUCCAUCUACCGCCUUUCCGAAACUCGUGCCAAUCCGCAUCACGAGCCAAGUUACAGAUGGAGCUCACCACAGAGACUCUGCGCGCGGACCUCGUGCUCAUCGGCGAGCGUCUCGGCGCACAUCUCAGCCGGUUCGGCUGCGCUGUCACUGGGGUCAUGAUCGCGCUGCUCCUGGUAGAAGCUUGUGUCCUACUCCCCCGGCUGCCACCGCAACACGAACCCGCCGUUCGGCGUUGGCUCGACCCUGCCCGACCGUUUGCCGUCCACGGCCUGCUGCUCCUGCUCCCCUUCUGCCUCGUUCCGGGUCCGGCGCGCGACACCGCGGGAGUCCUGUACAUCACCGCCAUAUGGUGGACGCAUUCGCGAUCGCCUCCCCGAUUUCUGUUCCGGUACCUCAUCGUUUCCCUCGUCAUGUUCCACUUCGCCCUCACGACCGAGCACUAUAUCAUCGCGCGCAUGCGUCCUUUCAUCACCAGUGAGCACUACGCCCCGGGCCUCCCGCAGAUCCUCACGGACCUGUACGAACUGCUCCCCGCCAUGGAUCCGCUGGACCGCAUCCAGGUCAGACAGGCGGCCAUGAGCUGCGACAUCGACGCCAUGAUCGAGAACGGAUACGGGGGGGAUGCGGCCGUGCUGCGCAACGCCACGCGCAAGGCCCGCUUCGACGUCCAGCCUCUGGCGUGCGGACGAAAGACGAAGCGGACUCGCUGGGCCGGUAGCCAGAAGUUGGAUGAGAGGCCGACGCGCCUUGACAUCGGGCCCGUCCACCACUACCUCCGCAUCGAUCAGCGCCUCGCGCAGCUCGUGCACGUCUACGAGGUCUUCCAUCAAACCGGCUUCGGCCGCUUCAGGCACGCUCUCAAUCGGGUCACGGUUGCGUACGAGGCGCUGCCGGCCACGGCGCCGAAUGCGUAUGACCGUGCGUUUGUGCUCUCCGACGACAUUCGCGCGCACGCUCGGCAGCCGGGGAUGGAGGGUUUCGCCAUCUGGUUCGCCAUUCGGGGAUAUCUGGCGCGGCACUUCGAGAGCACCUGGUCGCUGUGGCGCCUGUGCCUGGGCCACAGCGAAGUCGUGACGUUGGAUGCCGCCGUGCGCACCUGCGUCGAAGCUCUGGACGUGUUCCUGGACCACUUGCCGGACAAGCUGGAGCGGGCGGUGCAUUGGGGCGACGACUUCGAAGCGCUCAUCAACGCCAUUCCAGUGCUGGAGACGAAGCAGCGCAAACCCGGUUGGCUGUGGGAUUCCGAGACGGUCGACGCGGAAGCCAUGCAGCAUAACCACCUUCGCCGCAACCUCAUCGACCUUAUGUACCAGGGCGAUUCGCCCGAGGACGGCAUCAAGGCUUUCCUGCGCCACUUUAUCGGCAACAAGACGGCGGAGACGUUCGCGGUCGCGCCCGAAAUGCAGCGCGUGUCCCUCUCCUCGCUUUCCAAUUGGACGGAAGAAGAAGCGGACGGGGCUGGUGGUGUUGACCCGGCCGACGUGCAUCGAGCGCUCAAGUCGAAGCGGGAGUUGGAGUCGUGGUUGCGGGAUGGGAAACCGCUCGUCAAGGUGGAUCCGGAAGGCAUUGCCGCGAUGCGCCGGGCGAAGCGAAUGUACCGUGGCAGCCAAAAGCUGCUACUAUCGGCGGAGGUGGAUAAGUUGCAGGGAGAGGUGGACGAGGAAGCCUGUGGGAGCAUGGCGCGGGGAUCGGCUGGACAAACAUGCUUGUCGAAGAGGGGGGGCUAGAACGAGCCUGUGUGGAUGAAAAGUCCCUUGGUCUGCCUGCGCCCCUUGUUGCUUUCAGAACCCUCCCUGGAGCACGGAUGAAUCUCACGCAACUGAUUCACUGUCGUAGUCAGCUGUUGUUCCGAGCCACCCAUACAUCCAUCGCUCGGUACUGCCCCUUCGCUCACUCCCCUACAGUCCGAGCCCCAUGUUCCACCCACAUACGUAUGCGAUCGCAGUCCUCGUUCAUCAUGGUGGUGACAUACCGCUCAUCGCACGC